GAAAUGAGUUGCCGUAGAAAGCCUCUGUUUGGGAAGAUCCAUCGUUUCUGUUGCACAUGUCUAAUGGAGGAGAGCAGACUGAGGUGAUGGUGAAUCAUGAGUGGCAUGGCAGCGCCGCAGGACAGCGUGAGUGGUUGGAGCUGCAGGCAGGUGGCCCAGUGGCUACAGGAUGAAGGCUUUGGGGAGUAUGAGGAGGUACUCUGUACCCAGCAUCGACUGGACGGUCCCAGUCUGCUGUCCCUAACAGAGGCUGACCUGCGCGGCCCUCCUCUGGGCCUCACUGUGUUAGGGGACAUAAAGAGACUGGCCUUAGCUAUUCGACGGCUGCAGAGGCAAAACCACUCACAGCUACAAAUACUGGGCCUACAGCAUGUAGACAGUCUGAUCCCUGGACUACCUCUCACUCCUCAGGGGACAGACUGGAGCUGUGAAGGCUCAGAGCGUAGAUGUAAUGGAGCAGAUCAUCUAUGCAGCAAUGGGACUGAAUUGAGACACAGGAUACCAGAUCGGUCGAGACCUAGUCUAGGAGACACCCCGUGCCACAUUCAUUCCAAUGGGAGGUGUCGUCUGCACCUGGCUGGGCGGCUAGACCCUGAGGUGUGGAAGACGGUCGUCAGCUGUGUCUAUGUGUUCUUAGUUUUUGGUUUCACCUCCUUUGUCAUGGUCAUUGUACAUGAGCGUGUCCCGGAUAUGAGGACAUACCCACCUCUGCCUGACAUAUUUCUUGAUAGCGUCCCCAGGAUCCCUUGGGCUUUUGCAAUGGCGGAGGCUUGUGGUCUCAUUCUCUGCUACAUGUUCCUGUUGAUCCUUUUACUUCACAAGCACAGGUCUAUACUCCUGAGACGACUGUGCUCCCUGAUGGGAACUGUGUUCCUACUUCGCUGCUGCACCAUGUUUGUGACUUCUUUGUCUGUGCCUGGGCAGCACCUCAAGUGUGCCAGUAAGACAUAUGAUGACGCUUGGGAGAAGAUACAGAGAGCCUUGACAAUUUGGACUGGUUUUGGCAUGACUUUGACUGGGGUCCAAACUUGUGGGGACUACAUGUUCAGUGGACACACUGUAGUCAUCACAAUGCUCAACUUUUUUGUAACUGAAUACACUCCUCGAACCUGGAAUCUUAUUCACACCAUUUCCUGGGUGUUGAAUUUGUUUGGGAUUUUCUUUAUCCUGGCGGCUCAUGAGCAUUACUCCAUUGAUGUGUUUAUUGCCUUCUACAUCACCACUCGCCUCUUCCUCUACUACCACACCUUAGCCAACACACGAGCCUUCCAGCACAGCAGGCGGGCACGCAUUUGGUUCCCCAUGUUUUCAUUCUUUGAGUGCAAUGUAAAUGGACCAGUCCCUAACCAGUACCACUGGCCUUUCAGCAAACCUGCCUUCAUGAAAACAAUGAUUGGCCAAUAGGAGUAGUUGUUCGUUCCUCUUAUGAAUUCAUGCUUCUACCUCUUUACUUGUAUUUAUAACCCAUUUUAACAGAAUGCUAAUUUGUUGAAAAUACAGUUAAAAGAGUUACUUUUAUUACAGAAAGUCUUAACUCUGACACAUACUUGUAUGAUAAACAUGACGGGUUUCAUAUCAGUUUGAAUACUUCUGGGAAAAAAAGCCAUUCCUGAUCAAAUAUGUUUACAUGGGCCAAACCAAUGGAAUUUUAUAUUAUUAUGCAUAAUGUACCUUACCUAUCUACCUUUACCUUCAGGAAUAAUAUGCCUUAAAUGAACUGUGUGUUAUUUUGUCUUCCACUAAUAUUUUCUAAUAAA